ACAAAAUUAAUCCGCUUUGCUACGUGCCACUAAAUCGCAGAGUUGGAACCACCUAGUUUCCCUCCAUCCAUUUGUUUCCAUUCUCUGCCACCACCCUGAGGACGGAUAUGGCGUCAGUCGAAUGAUUUUGAUUUAAUCGUGGUGGCGACAUCAAAUCAGUAGUUGACACAUCGCGAACUGGACUGCCACGAUUACAAUUUUAUAUAUAUAUCCGUAAUGUCCACUCCGGCGGAAACCCCUAGAGUGGGCCUGGGAAAUGCGGCCAGUAUGGCAAAUUUGGCCAAAAUCGUGAAUCUAAUCGAAUCGAAUGUUAGGGCCGAGGAAGCGGAAGUCUGUGAAGAAGCGGCUUCAAAGGGAUCAACCGGUAGCGGAAGUGGCAGCAGCGUACGCCUGGCCAGCAGCAGUGCUCCGCGAAGAAGUGCCUGUGCCACAUCGUAUGUACCCAAAUCACCGCAGCUGGAGGAGAUUGUGUUCGCUGAGCCAACGUGCACUGAAAGAUUUGCCCGUUAUUUCGUGAUCGUCAUCUACCUGUGUGGUCUCUGCUGCCUGGGAUUCUUUCUAUCCAUUUACCACAUCUUCUUCUGGGACUCACGCAUGCCGCCCGUCUACAAGGGACAGAAGAAAGCUCCAGCCUUUGGCUAGAGAAGAGUACCUUCAUUCAUUUACCAAACUAAUCCUAACUAAGAGAAGCGUUUUUUUUUCUUUGUUUUUUGAUAAAAUUGUGAUACCCGAAAAAAUAGCCAUUCGCCUCCUGAACUCAUCGGAAGUGACCGCGGAGCAGUUCUACAAGCACAUCCUCGA